UAUUACAAGCCUUGAGGAGAGUCAAGCAGCAUUGGCCUGGAACGACUCGAGAAUUUAUUCGACCUCUCUCGGGCGACUGCUCAGGCUCGAUUGUGGUAGCCUUAUCAUGACUGUGCCAACGAGCACUUCACAGCGGGAAGACGAGCCUUUUCUUCCCGCACCAUUUACCAACACCGUCCCACCGCCAGAACUCAUUGCCCAAGGCGCUGAGGCACUACUAUACCGCACACACUUCCUCACUCCUUCGAACCCAGCCGCGCUCAAAGCCCGACCAAGCAAACCCUACCGUCACCCCACCCUCGACGCUCGCUUGACCAAGCAGCGCGUCCUCGCCGAGGCCAGGAUCCUGGUCAAACUCUCUGCCCUCGCAGGUGACCCUAGCAACGAGGUCCAUGUCCCCGCCGUGCUGAGCCUUGAGUGGGAUUCGGCGCGCAAAGUCAAGGCACUAGGCGAGGAGCAGCGCGGAUCCCAUGGUGGCGGCGCUUGGCUUCUGAUGGAGUGGAUCGAGGGGCGCAGCGUCAAAGACCUAUUGAGACAGUGGGAUGGGUGGUACAAGAAUACGGGUAAGAACGUGACACCUGAAGAAUUGGCACGCCAGGAAGACGAGAUCAAGAAGUUGCUGCGCAGGAUUGGGAAGGCGGUCGGGGCCAUGCACAACAAGGGCAGCGUGGUCCAUGGCGAUUUGACGAGCAGUAAUGUUCUUGUUCGACCUUUCAAAGACGGUCACAUGCAGAAUGGGUCCGGCGGCAUUACGGACGGCGAGGCUACGACACACGAAGAGCAUUCGUCGCCGCCAGAUCUUGAUGGCGAAAUCGUGCUCAUUGAUUUUGGGCUGGCGACACAGUCAAUACAAGACGAGGACCGCGCUGUGGAUUUAUACGUCCUGGAGCGGGCGUUCGGAUCGACACACCCGAGGCAGGAGGGUUGGUUUGACGCUGAAGUGCUGCAGAGCCAAGACGGUUACCGAGGGAGUUACAAGGGUGCCAAUGUCGUGCUGAAACGGCUCGAAGACGUCAGAUUGAGAGGAAGGAAGCGGAGUAUGAUUGGUUGAAAAGACGAUGCAACGUUUCACGUAUCCAACACCAU